AUGGUCCCUGCCUGGCUGUGGCUGCUUUGCCUCUCCGUUGCCCAGGUUCUCCCAGAGGCUCAACCUGCAGAACUGUAUGUGGAAGUCCCAGAAAACUAUGGCGGAAAUUUCCCUUUGUACCUGAUCAAGCUGCCACUACCCCCUGAGGAGACUGAGGGUAAGAUUGUGCUGUCAGGAAGCCCAGGCAUGACAGCUGAGGGCCCCUUUGCUGUGGAUGCAGAGUCUGGCUUCUUGCUGGUGACCAGGGUCCUGGAUCGAGAGGAGCAGGCAGAGUACCGGCUACAAGUCACCCUGGAGACUAAGGAUGGACAUGUCUUGUGGGGCCCACAGCCUGUGCUUGUGCAUGUGAAGGAUGAGAAUGACCAGGUGCCCCACUUCUCUCAGUCCAUCUACAGAGUUCAGCUGAGCCAGGGCACCAGGCCUGGCAUCCCCUUCCUUUUCCUUGAGGCUUCAGAUGAGGAUGAGCCAGGCACAGCCAACUCAGAUCUCCGAUUCUACAUCUUGAACCAGGCCCCAGCCCGACCUUCCCCAGACAUGUUCCAGCUGGAGCCUCGGCUGGGGGCUCUGGCCCUCAGUCCUGAGGGAAACACCAGCCUAGACCAGGAUAUGGAAGGGCACUAUCAGCUAUUGGUGCAGGUCAAGGACAUGGGUGACCAGGCUUCGGGCUACCAGGCCACAGCCACCGUAGAUGUCUCCAUGGUAGAGAACACCUGGGUGCCCCUAGAUGCUGUCCACCUGGCAGAGAAUCUCAAAGUCCCAUACCCACACCACAUUGCCCAGGUACACUGGAGUGGGGGAGAUGUACAUUAUCAUCUGGAGAGCCAGCCCCCUGGGCCCUUUGAUGUGGAUGCAGAGGGGACACUCUAUGUGACCAAGGAGCUAGACCGAGAAGCCCAGGCUGAGUACCUGCUCCAGGUGCAGGCUCAGAAUACCCGUGGUGAGGACUACACAGAACCUCUGGAGCUGCAUGUGGUAGUGAUGGAUGAGAAUGACAAUGCACCUGUCUGCCCCCUUCGUGGUUCCCCAGUCAGCGUUCCUGAGCUCAGCCCUCCAGGCACUGAGGUGACUAGGCUGUUGGCAGAGGACCUGGAUGCCCCCGGUUCACCAAAUUCCCACAUUGUGUAUCGGCUGCUGAGCCCUGAGCCUGAGGAGGGAGCAGAGGGAAGAGCCUUCAAACUGGAUUCCACCUCAGGCAGUGUGACAGUCGGGGAUGCCCCCCUCCAAGCUGGCCAGAGCAUCUUGCUUCAGGUGAUGGCUGCUGACCUAGGAGGAGCAGAGGGUGGCCUUAGCAGCACAUGUGAGGUCACUGUCACAAUCACCGACAUCAAUGACCAUGCCCCCGAGUUCACCAAUUCCCAGAUUGAGCCUAUAAACCUCCCCGAGGAUGCAGAGCCUGGGACUCUGGUGGCCACACUCACAGCCACUGAUGCUGACCUUGAGCCUGCCUUCCGCCUCAUGGACUUUGCCAUUGAGGUGGGAGAUGUGGAGGGGACCUUUGGCCUGGAUUGGGAGCCAGGCUCCAGUCACGUCCAACUUCGACUGCUCAAGAACCUCAGCUAUGAGGCAGCUUCAAGCCACGAGUUGGUGAUAGUGGUUCGGAGCAUGGCAGAGUUGGUAGGGCCGGGCCCAGGCCCUGGAGCCACAGCCACAGUGACGAUUCUUGUGGAAAGGGUGGUGCCACCCCCCAAGUUGGACCAGGAGAGCUACGAGGCCAGUGUCCCAGUCAGCACCCCAGCUGGCUCCCUCCUGCUGACCAUCCAACCCUCAGACCCCAUGAGCAGUCCCCUCAGGUUCUCCCUGGUCAAUGACUCAGAGGGCUGGCUCUGUAUCAAGGAGGUCUCUGGGGAGGUGCGCACCGCCCGGCCCCUGCAAGGCGCCCAGCCUGGGGACGUGUAUACAGUGCUCGUGGAGGCCCAGUAUGAAGAUGAGCCUACUCUGAGUGUCUCUGCAACACUUGUGAUCCACUUUCUGAAGGCCCCUUCUGCCCGGGCCCCAACUCUGAACCCCGUGCCCACCCGACACCUCUGCACACCCCGCCAGGACCAUGGUGUGGUUAUCAGUGGACCCAGUGAGGACGUUGACAUGGCUGGUGGACAUGGUCCCUACAGCUUCACCCUUGGUCCCAAUCCUACGGUGCAGCGGGAUUGGCACCUCCAGGCUCUCAACGGUUCCCAUGCCUACCUCACCCUGGCCCUGCAUUGGGUAGAGCCACGGGAGCACGUAGUACCCAUAGUUGUCAGCCAAGAUGCCCGGAUGUGGCAGCUCCUGAUCCGAGUGAUCGUGUGUCGCUGCAAUGUGGAGGGGCAGUGCAUGCGCAAGGUGGGCCGCAUGAAGGGCAUGCCCACGAAGCUGUCAGCAGUGGGCAUCCUCGUGGGCACCUUGAUGGCGAUAGGCAUCUUCCUCAUCCUCAUCUUCACUCACUUGACCCUGGCAAGGAAGAAGGACCUAGAUCAGCCAGUGGACAGCGUGCCCCUGAAGGCAGUGGUUUGAAUGGUCUGGGCAGCCCCAGUUGGGAGCUUGGCCUCUCCAUCUGAGUCCUCUGGGAGGGGCCCAGGACUGCUGAUCAACAGGGGCUAGGACAGUGUAGAGAAGCCCCUUCACCGCCCUGGAGUGGAGGCAACAUCACCACAGAAGUCUGUAGACCCUGACCACUGACUUUAUGGGCUGCUCAUGCAAGUGCUCCAAACGGUGGCACAUCUGUCCAAUAAUAAAGCCUCAGAGAGCAGGGCAUGUGCU